AUGCUGAUAGCUUGCGGCGCCCUAGAGCAGCCCAGUCUCAACAAGACCCUUCCAGUAUCUCCCCAGGAGGAGUCGACCGAGGGAGUUGGCGCAUUGUCUGUUGAUGACCCACGCUCCCAACCCCAGACCGACCACGAAGAUGGCUUUUUCCAAGGUUCCCUCCAAGAUACUGGACGUGUCGAGAUGGCAGAGAUGGCAGAUGUGGAGGGUGUUGGAGAGGAUGAUCUGCUAGGUACCGCUUCCAAGAGUGCUGCCAGUGCUGGCUUCGAUACAUCUGAGCUUCGAGAGUUCCUGUUAAAACAUGAUGCCCAAUUUAUCCCGGGGCGCAGUAUGAUCCGGAGAAUAUAUAUCGUGCGAUACGUCUUCUGGGAGAUGGUUUCAGUGACCCCAGCCCAUCAAUCCCGACAGACAACAAAGUCAGCAACAUCUUUCCCGAAUACAGCGUGCCUCAACCACCCGAACCUGCGAGCCUGUUUGUCCGGCGUGUGGUGA